CUCUGCAAUCCAUUUCCUUGUCUGCCCCAGAGGCUGGGACCCCGGGCUAACUUCAUGGCAUCUCCUGGAACACGCUGAAUCCUUAAGGUCCCUGCCUGGCAUGUCCCCAUGGCGAUGCGGUGGAAGCUCUGUGUGUGCAGCCUGGGGAUCCUCCUCCUGGCUCCAUGUUCUCUCUCUGAGAAGUUCUCCCUGGCUGGCUCCCCGCACCCCGUGGUGGGGGUGGUUGGCCGGGAUGUGGUGUUACCCUGCCAGCUCUCACCCCGGGCCCGGCUGCCCAGCAUGGAUGUGCUGUGGAGGAAAAUUGGAACAGUAUUUAUCACAGUUCACAAGUAUUCGGAUGAGGGUUCCCAGGACCUGCCAGGGGAGGGUUACCAGACCCGGACGGAGCUGUUCCUGCAGGAGUUCAGCAGUGGGAACGUCUCCCUGAAGCUGAAAGGGCUCCAACUGGCAGAUGCUGGGACAUACCAUUGCUUUGUGAGGAACCCAGAAUGGAGCCAGGAAGCCACCACUGAGCUACGGGUCGCAGCUGUGGCUCCAGUGUUCAUUGAUGUGCUGGGCCCCCGGGGUCAGGGGAUUGGACUGGCCUGUAGAUCUGCAGGCUGGUUCCCCAAACCUGAACUCCAGUGGGUUGGAAAGAACUGGCAGAACCUGACGAUGGAGAUUGUGACCAAUGUGACUCAGGACAGAGACAACCUGUAUAGUGUUGUGAGUCACGUCACUGUCACGGAAGGAGAAGACAAUGGAGACAUCAGCUGCAUAGUGUGGAAUGGCCUGCUGGAGCCCGAGCGACAGUUGGCCAUUCAUCUCUCAGGUGACAUCUUCCCCCAGGUUUCUCCCUGGCUGGCUGCAUUCUGGGUAUUGUUCACUCUGGUUCUCAUUGCUGCUGGAGCUUGUGCAUGUCUUGGAUAUGCAGCAAAGCAAAAGGCUUCUCAGAAGAUACGCUCUGAAGAAGAGGCUCUGUUAAAUCUUGAGGGUGAGAAGAAGACCUUGGACGCAGAGUGCCAGGAGCUGCGUGAGAGCCUUGAUGCUCAGAAGAAGUCCUAUGAAUCAGAGUGCGACAAGCUGCAUAGGACGAUUGAGACUGAGAAGGACAAGAACACACGACUGGAGUCAGAACUCAAGGUGCAGAAUCAGAAGAUGGUGUCUGAGGAGAGAAAGUACAAGGAGCUGGAAUCAGAGUGCGGCCAGCUGAGUAGGACAAUUGAGACUGAGAAGAGGGAGAGCAAGGAGCUGGAAUCAGAGUGCAUCAACCUGUGUAGGACAAUUGAAGCUCAGAAGAAGGCCUUUGAAUCAGAGUGUGGCCAGCUGCGUAGGACAAUUGAGACUGAGAAGGAUAAGAACAUGCGACUGGAAUCAGACCUCAAGGUGCAGCAUCAGAAGAUGGAGACUGAGAAGAGGGAGAAAAAGGAGCUGGAAUCAGAGUGCGACAAGCUGCGUCUGACGAUUAGUAAGUUCAUCCACGUCCCCAGUACAUCCCCUGGGCAGCGGCUUUCAGCCACACACGGUGCUGAGCAGAUCAAGAAGCACAGACACCGCAAGGCAGGGCUGAGUGAACAUUUUGAGCUGAAAUUAGAGUCACAUUAG